AUGGCCAAACCAUUACCUGUCGUGGCCCAGGAAGAUUUGGAUAGCCUUAUGCUGACCAGGACAGGCUCAGGCUUUGCACUCAAAGCCUUUCACCUUUCUUGGAACACUCACAUCUCUGUGAAACCACUGACCAGCCGGAACACUACAGAGAGGGAGUGGAAGUUGCUACUGCAGGAUAUAGCAAAUGUCAGAUGCUAUAAAUGUGAACGUCUCCUGCCUUCUCUUGGGAUUUACUGGUACCACGGACUUGUGGGGAUAGUGACUGAAUGGAUGAACAAUGGAUCCCUCCACUCACUCAUCCAUGAGCAUCAACUGUACCCAGAACUUCCAUUUCCCUUACUCAUAAGGAUCCUGUCGGAUGUGGCUGAAGGGCUGCAUCACCUCCACAGCCUCAAACCUGCUUUCUGCCACGGCAGCCUGAAACCUUCCAAUGUGCUUUUGGAUAUGCAGUACAGAGCCAAGAUAUCAGAUUAUGGUCUAACCAACUGGAGGAAACAGCAGCUGAGGUCAGACCUGCAGAACUGCAAUCGGAGAAACUGCCAGGAUUUGGUGUACCUCCCUCCUGAAAUACUUGAAGGAGGCCUUCCUUCCCAGGAAGGUGAUAUUUACAGUUUUGGAAUACUGUGUUGGGAGAGCCUAAGCAGACGGAAACCUUUUGAAGGUCGGACAACCCUGCUGGAAGUUUUGACCGGCAUCUGCUGCAGUUUGCGGCCUGGCGUUUCAGAGAAGUUCAUACCAAGCAGUUUCCCUGAAAGGAACAGACUGCUGCACCUUAUCGCUCUGUGUUGGCAUCAAGAACCAGCUUACAGGCCAUGUACUGCAGAAUGUGUAGACCUUCUAAGUGGAAUUUUGACUACUAUAAAUAAGGCGGCAAUUUCCACUGCAAUCUACAAUCUCAUGGAUGCAAAGGAGACAGCACUUAAUGCAUGCAAAGGUUCAGAAAUAUACACACUGCAGACGGGCAUAUGCAAUUCAGAGAUCAUCUGUCCAAAAAAACCCAACCUCUUAAUCAGUAAGAAAAUUCCUUUUGUAGUGCCAAGCUUGUCAACUAUUCUACUUGAUAGCAGUGCAAAUCAUGCAGGAAGAGAAACUAUUCCUGAGACAGGUCUGUCAAACACUAUCCCACAGAACACAACAACAAAGAAAGAUCACUCAGGCUCUGACAGUAGAAAAUCAAAUUCCUGCUACACAGUUCCUUUACCUGGUUCAACUGCAGGCAAAGAAAGCGGUCAGCAUAAGGACCCACCCCUGGCUCGUAAGGACAGACCACAAACUAUGCAUCUUGAACAAGCAGUGACAGAUCCUUGCUGCAAAGGAAACUGCUGUCGAAUACUAGCCUGUCAGAGACAGACCAUACUGAGCUGCAUGACAGAAGGGCGCCUCAACCACAUCCUCGAUGUCCUUCGCUCACAGCAAACGUUGUCCCGAAUGGAUUACGAAACAAUCAUCUCUUACCCCACAGUGACUGGACGUGCUCGGGCAUUGCUGGACACUUGCCUUUGCCUCGGAGAGAGGGCAGCACGUGUUGUAGUGACUGUACUUUCAGUGACCAAACGUAGUCCUCUGGGACAAGGCAGCCAUUGCCCAGACUGUCCUUCUCAGGUGAACAGGCUGUUGUUGUGA